ACUCUGCUGCUCACAAUCACAUCACUGCCUCUCUGUCAUCUUUUAUCGUACCAGCGCUGACUUUGGAUCUUCAACAUUAAACAAUGUGUAAAGGACUUGCAACGCUUCCUGCAACAUGCUUGAAAAGUGCCAAAGACAUCAAGCAUAAAAUCAGCUUCUUGCUCCAGAAGCCUGAACCCCAAACGGCGGAUCAGAAACAGACGAAAGAGAAGACUGCAAAUGCCGCUGCUGCAAAGAGGGUUCCUUCUGCCUCCGAGGUGGAGAAAUGGAAGGAGUCUUUCAGCCACGUGAUGAGCAGUGAAACUGGUCGUACGGUCUUCACCAGCUUCCUGCAGUCAGAGUUCAGUAAGGAGAACAUGGACUUCUGGGUCGCCUGUGAGAAUUACAAGAAGACCGACCCUGCCAAGUUUGCAACCAGAGCCAAGAAGAUCUACCAGCAGUUUGUCGAGGCAGACGCUCCCAAUGAGGUAAAUUUGGACGCAGCAACCAGAGAAGAAACCAGGCAAAACGUGGAGAAUCCAUGCCCGUCUUGUUUCAAUGAAGCACAAAAGAUGAUCUACACCUUGAUGGAGAAAGACUCAUACAGGCGUUUCCUCAACUCCAAACUGAUAAAAGAUCUGUGUCAGACACAGAGAAGUGCUACUGAGGAGAAGAAGGGGAAGAAAAACUGUGUGAACAGGCGGGAGUUGACCGAUGGAGCAUAAACAGAAAGUGAACAGAGACAAGUAGAGGAUAGUGCCAAAGAUGAAGACGUUGGAGAGGGUUAACACUGUGAGCCUCAUGUUUGUGUGCAGUGUUAAUAGAGUAGAGAAACAAGGUGACUUAAAGACAUAAAUGUGAAAUAUGAUGAAGACUUUUUUUUCUUUUUUUGAUACUUUUAUGUGCCAUGGAGUUUCUGUAGUGUGUCCAGUGAUGUGCAGAUACCUGAUUGGAAUAUUUUCCAUUAUUGCAUUCUUCGUAAGCUAACAUAUAGUUCCCGAAUUGCAAUGUUUUUUAGUGACUCUAUCACGGAAAAUGUUGAAAUGUUCGCAUUAUGAAGAUCAGCUUUAGCCUCUGAUGUGUUUUUUUUUUUAAAUAUAUAUUUUGGGGCUUUUUUCGCCUUUAUUGGAUAGGACAGCUGAAGAGAGACAGGAAAUGUGGAGAGUAGAGAGUGGGGGAAGACAUGCAGUAAAUGGUCAACCAGCCAGGAGUUGAACCGGGGAUCUCUGCAACAAGUACCAUAGCCUCUAUAUGUGACGCUUAGACCGCCAGACCACCAGCAUCACCUGAUGUGUUGUUAAACACAAACUGCCCGCAGAGUCAUUGCCAGGUCAUAUUUCUACUCAGUAAAAAAAAACAGUAAAUAAUACAAGCUACAUUGACUCCUACGAAACAGCCCUCCUUUGAGUGUGAAGAACUUUGUUAAUUUGAGUAAGGAUAUAAAAUGAUCCAGCAUAUAAAGCUUAAUUUUUAGUUCCAGUAUAAAGAUGCCUCGGUAGGGAUUGUUGAUGGCAAUGUGCUUCUGUCAUAUGCACCUGUAAAGUACAACGGACAAUACUUUUGAAACUGCCAAUGUUGCUCUAUAGUUGUUCUAAUUCAAAAUAGCCACAAUAAAUAUUAUUAAUGAGAACAGGAACACCAAAAUAACCAUGAUGAGAUUUGAACUGGACAGAUUUCCAUAACAUUCAUUAUCCCCUUAUAUUUUUUGGGACAACAUUAAAGCUCCUGUGAUGCGCCUCUAGUUUGUGUGGGUUUUGGCGCCCCCUGUGGACAAAGUGGUUCAUGUUAUCUCUUUGCUGAUCUCUCACAACGACAAAUCAGAAAACACUACGGCUAAUCAAAAAUUUUUGUUUUCUGAUUUGCCAUAGUGUUUUCUGAUUUGCUGUUAUGUUUUCUGAAAUGCCGUUGUGAUUUGCACCUCAGGGCCACCAUACUUUCCUCAUUGUGAACAUUUUCUGUGAAAGAUGGAAAAGGGGCGAUUUCUGCAACAAGUUUCAGACUAACAAGUCCAACACCUUCCCAGUGACAGGCAUUUAAAACACAACACUGGUGUUUUUCUUUGCUUUUGUAACUCACAAAGAGGCAUUCUUUUUAAUUCAAGUUUUUUCCAUAACCACUUAAGAAAACUAACAAUAGCUGAGCCAAUUUGUCUCCUCUUGUGUAACUUAUAUAUUAUGUGUUGAUGUUUAUAGUCCCCUGGAAAAAACUGGCCAUGUAUAGAACAUAUCUCUGAGACACACAAACAUUAGCUUUGUCUACUCCUUGUGGGAAUUUUAUGCAAGCUGUGACAUUACAGUAUUGAUCAUCUGUCUUGUCAUUUUGUUACCAAACAGUCGAAGAGAAUGUGACAUCGUGAUUCAUUCAAUCAAUUUUCUGUGUAAAUCAAACCGUUUUCUUCAGAUGAUUAUUCCUCCCUGUUUGUGUAGGAGACUGUGAAUGUUAACAUUACUUUAUGUAACAUGUUUUGGUGGUCUUGCAUGCUAAAACGUUUCAUCCGAAUGUAUACUGUGAUAAAUAGUGCACAAGGUAUUGUAUGUAGUUAUUUAUCAAAUUAUGUUAUUGUCAUAUUUAUAUGUGAUUAUUCACAAAUAAAGUGAUCUUUGUUAUACACUGAAA